AUGGCGAGGCACCUGUCGAAGGAAUCCCGGAUCGAAAUCCUCAGGCUGCGCAGCCAAGGGUUGACGUACAAAGAAAUCGCCGAGCGCAAGGGCAUCACGCACCGCCAGGUCCAGUGGACAUGCGAGUCUGGCGAUCCGACGCCCAAGAAGCGGAGCGGCCGUCCGUCGCAGCUCACGCCGGAGCAGGUGAAAACCCUGAUCGACUACGUGUGCGCGUCGCCCGAGAACCGCCAGCUCACCUACCAUGAGCUCGCGACCGUCCUCAAGCUGGGAGUCGGCCAGUUCGCCGUCCGCAACGCCCUCUACAAUGCUGGAUUCCGCCGUCGAGUCGCAAAGGACAAGCCCGUGCCCGACGCAUAG